UCGUUCUGGCGAUUGCUCUCGACUGUGUUCAGAUUGGACUUGUGCGCUGUUGCCAAGUUUACGAUCAUCGUUAUUCAAUUGUUUAGCUGUGUUUGAUUAACGGUUUAUUUAACUUUAAAACAAUGCCAGUUAGAGUUUUAAUAACCGUGACUUCGCGUUAACAAAGUGAAACCGGUACAAGCCUCGCGCCUCGAGUGCGGAAAUCAGCCUUACUCGAGGGACACUAAACACUGUCCCCGUCCAUAGCGGCCGACAAGACCAUUACGGCCGAAGAAAUGAUAAGUGACGACUGCCCCAUCAUAACUGUCGACGACGACCAGAGCUUCCCUCCUGGGGACUGGUGAAGCAAAUUACUGCGUUAACUACAUCCAAGGCUUCCCAGAUGAAUUUAAAUUUGUUUCAGAUUAAAAUGAUUGCCUAUCUAUACAGUUACUUAACGAAUCUGCCCCGUUGGCAUAUUUUCACAAUGGCAAUAGGUAGUUACGUCGUAUAUUAUCUCAUUCAAGUGGUCAAGAGACCGAUCAUAGCCGCUUUUAAUGGACCAUUUAAAACAUUCCUGCUGAAAAAUGUACCUACGUUAGAAAUGAAAUUUUGGCCAACAUUUUGGUGUGUGGAAAGUCGCGCACAAACCGUUUUUGCCAGUAUUCUACGAUCACAGAUCAUUCCAAAAAUUGACUACAGAAGAGAAAUAUUAACCUUGAAAGACGGAGGUGAAGUUGCAUUAGAUUGGUUAGAAAAAGGAUGCGACAGUGAAUCCCCUGUGAUAAUAAUUCUACCGGGUUUAACUGGUGAGUCUCAAGCUGAAUAUAUAAAGUGCUUAGUCAUAGCCGCAAAUAAUGCUGGUAUGAGGACAGUUGUGUUCAACAACCGCGGAUUGGGUGGAAUUGCUUUAAAGACUCCGCGAUUAUAUUGUGCAGCAAACUGUGACGAUCUUUCUGAAGUGGUGCAACAUGUAAGAAAAUCUUGUCCCGGUGUAAAAUUAGGCGCUACUGGUAUAUCAAUGGGUGGCCUCAUUCUCGGAAAUUACCUUGCAGGUCACAAUGAAGAAGCCCGGAAUAUUCUGACCGCUGCUAAGAUAAUUUCGGUUCCUUGGGAUGUUCACAAAGGUACUGCUAAUAUUGAAAAACCAUUCAUUAAUAAUCUUCUGGGUCGACAUCUUGCUAAUGGUUUAUGCGCGACCAUCAGUAAGUGUGAAAUAUUAAAAAAAGAAUCAUCAAUAGAUAUGGAAAAGAUUUUAUCAAGUAAAACCAUCAAAGAAUUCGAUGCCCACUUUACAUCAAAGCAUUUUGGUUAUGAAGAUGUCGAUAGCUACUACCAAGCUGCUACUUUGCAUAAUAAACUACACCAAAUUACAGUGCCUUUGCUUUGUCUAAGUGCAGCAGAUGAUCCUUUUCAGCCUUUGGAUGCUAUACCAAUUAGUGCCGCUGAAAAAUCAUCCCACGUAGCUAUUGUCGUUACCGCUCGCGGUGGACAUAUUGGGUUUUUGGAGGGCUGGUGGCCAUCUUCUAAGGAUCAAUAUAUGGGUAGACUUUUCAGUGAAUUCUUCUCAGUUGCUUUAUUUGACCCUAAUGGUGAAUUUGCGAAAAUGUCACAAGAGAUGUGGAAACAAUAUGCUUUCGUGUUUGAAAAUACCGAAGAAAGCACAUGAAUUUUAGUUUAAACCAGUUUCUCUAUUUCAAAAUAUUUUAGCCGAUUAAACAAUAUGUAGUUAAUGAAACUACCUGCGGAGUAGUUGAUAGUCUGAUAAUAAAUGAAAUUAAACAUAAGAGGAAUUCGAAAAGCAAAGCAAAACACAUUCGUGAUUUUUUAGUGCAAUUAGAAGUUGUAAAUUUUGCCUUAAAAACAAGUUUUAGCGAGUAGUAGCAACAUAUCAUCAUAUCCCAGGCAUUAAGCAGUAAAUUUAAUUAGAUAAUUGUUGUUUCGACAUUUUAUACUUUUUUGCACAAAUAAAUGAAUUAUCGUAUGAUUUAUAUCAACGGAAAAACGAUUGGCGUUCAAAAAUACUUUAUGCAGAUUUAUACUUGUUACAAUUUACUAAAAUUUUCUCGUGGCACAAGCAAUCAAUUGUAUGAGGAUUAUUGGGAAAUCAAUAAAUGAAAAACUUGUUAUUUACCAACA